AUGAUGCAGAUCUUUGUGAAGACCCUGACCGGCAAGACUAUCACCCUCGAGGUGGAGUCUUCUGACACCAUUGACAACGUUAAGGCCAAGAUCCAGGACAAGGAGGGCAUCCCCCGACCAACUCGAGGACAAAGCACACUUGCCGACUACAACAUCCAGAAGGAGAGCACCCUCCACCUUGUGCUCCGCCUCGUGGGAGGCAUGCAGAUCUUCGUGAAGACCCCGACCGGCAAGACUAUCACCCUCGAGGUGGAGUCUUCGACACCAUCGACAAUGUCAAGGCCAAGAUCCGGGACAAGGAGGGCAUCCCCGAGCAGCAGGCGUCUCAUCUUUCUUGCAAGCAAGCGGCUUGAGGAUGGGGCGACGCUUGCAGACUACAACAUCCGGAAGGAGAGCACCUCCACCUUGUGCUCCGCCUGGGGAGGCAUGCAGAUCUUCGUGAAGACCCCGACCGGCAAGACAAUCACCCUUGAGGCCAAGAUCCAGGACAAGGAGGGCAUCCUCCCGGACCAGUGGCGUCGAUCUUCGCCGGCAAGUAGCUCGAGGACGGGCGCACUCUUCUUGAUUACAACAUUCGAAGGAGAGCACCCUCCACUUGGUGCUGCGUCUCGGGGAGGCAUGCAGAUCUUCGUGAAGACCCUUCUUGGCAAGACGAUUACCCUUGAGGUGGAGUCCUCGGACACCAUCGACAAUGUCAAGGCCAAGAUCCGGGACAAGGAGGGCAUCCCACCGGACCAGCAGCGGCGUCGAUCUUCGUCGGCAAGCAAGUAA